CUAAUAAUAAUACAUAUAUUUUCUUCACUCCAUUAAUCGCCUUCUUUUUCUUCGUCUACAAUUUGCAUUCGAUAAUCAUCUGUUAAUUCGGGUUACAUUGUCUUCAAACAUGUCUGCGGAAGAGGAAGAAAAUGCUGCCGAGCUCAAAAUAGGCGAAGAGUUUUUGAAGGCCAAGUGUUUAAUGAAUUGUGAAGUCUCGUUGAUUCUUGAACACAAAUAUGAACAGCUUCAGCAGAUGUCUGAAGAUCCGUUGAAUCAUGUUUCUCAAGUGUUUGAGAAGUCACUGCAAUAUGUGAAGCGGUUCAGUCGCUACAAGAAUCCAGAUGCUGUUAGACAAGUUCGAGAACUACUGAGUGGAUACCAGUUAGCAGAAUUUGAGCUUUGUGUUCUUGGAAACCUUUGCCCUGAAACUGUGGAGGAAGCUAUUGCUAUGGUACCCACUAUCAAGUCCAGAGGACGAGGACAUGAUGAUGAUGAAGCUAUUGAGAAAAUGCUGAACGACAUGUCUAUGAUAAAGAAAUUUGAGUAGUACCUGACACCUUUUCAUUUCUGCUUCCUUAUUAUCAAUGUCACAUGCAAUGCAAGUGUUGUCUAGCGUCUAUUUCGAAAAAGUUGUUGAUCAAACUCGAGUGGCAUUGCAUGAGUCAUGUAGGGGUAAGUGUACGGUAAACAAUGUUCUCGAGUAAAAUUUGUUGAAUCCUAAACGAUCAUGUAUCUUGACUUGUAUCAAGUGGAUUACAAGUUGAUGUUAA